GCCAAGCCAGGGCCCCACGGCCAGGAUUGUCCCCCGUACAGCCCAAAAGAGCGCAGCUUCAGCCAUGGAGCCCCUCCGCAGCCUCUCCUUCGUCCUCUUCCUCCUCGUCGCCUGGGCCACUGGGAGCCCCAUUGAUGUUGGCAGCAGCCCCCAGGUCCAGGAGGACUUCCAAGAAGCCCGGUUCUAUGGGAAAUGGUUCGGGGUGGCGAUGGGCAGCAACUGCCGCUGGGUGAAGCAGCACAAGGACCGCUUCCAAAUGGGCUCCUUGGUGGUGGCUCCGGGGAAGACGGGCCAAGAGACCACCUUCACCUCCACCCGCAUCAGGCAAGGUGCAUGCAGCCAGGUCACCGGAGAGUACCAGAAAACCGACACCCCGGGGAGAUUCACCUACUACAACCCCAAGUGGAAGGCCCACAUUGAGCACUACGUUGCCCGCACCAACUAUGACGAAUUUGCCUUCGUCGUGAUGAAGAAGAAUAGCAGCUACGGACUGUCCACUACGGCCAAACUCUAUGGGAGGAACCCGGAGGUUCGGGAAGAGCUCCUGACUGAAUUCAGGCAGUUUGCGCUGGGCCUGGGUCUCCCAGAGGAUGCGAUCUUCACCCUCCCCAAUGCAGGGGAAUGUGUGCCGCCCGAGGCCAGCAAGGACCCACAACAGCUUCGGAGUCGAAGGUCAGUGGCCUUGUUCCAGGAUGAAGGUUCGGCCGCCGGACCCCUGAACACCUUCCCCGGAAACAAGGAAGCCGACUGCCUGUUCCCCCCGGACGCGGGGCCUUGCCUGGGGAUGGAAGUGCGGCACUUCUUCAACGCCAGCGCCCAUCAAUGCCAGCCCUUCUUCUUUGGCGGAUGCCUGGGCAACGGGAACAACUUCCCCUCCGAACGCGCCUGCCUCCAGACCUGCCGCACCGAGGCGGCCUGCCGUCUUCCCAUCAAGCCCGGGCCGCCCUGCGACUCCGAAUUCUGGGCCUUUGAUGCCAAUCAGGGCAAAUGCGUCACCUUCCGGGGCUGCGGCGGAAACGCCAACAAGUUCUACCUGGAGAAGGAGUGCAAGGAGUACUGCGGGGUCCUGGCCGAGGAUGAGGAGUUUUUGCCUUCGCAGUGAAGAAGAACAUGAAGGUUGGACCCCCAAAGAGCAUAUUUCUAUCGCAUGAAGUAAAACUUAAAUGUAA